CCGCUAUUUACCUUUCUAAGGCAAACCCAGAGUCCCAGACGCAGAGAAGGGAAUCAAACAGUACUUCGGUGCUUCCAAUUUGUGAACAAGGCCCGGCAACGGAAAUGAUGUCUGCAGUGCCGGGGGUAAGUCGUCUAAUGUAUCCACCGAGCUAAUGAACGAAGUCAUCUCAUUUGUGUUUCUAAUGCAUCUACCGAGCUUUGAGAUUUUUUUCAGAACCUGAUUCGCUGGUAUUUUUCAAACACAUGAUAUUAUUACGAAGGGCUAAUACUGGAGGGUUGGGAGCGGGGCUUCUAUUAAUGUGUGGUCCGGCCCAUGGCUACCGGACUCGGAGUAUCCUAAAGUUGUGUCUACUGUGAUUCUGGCCUGGGAGCAAAUCCGGGUGGAAAAUCUACGUCAUAGCCCGGGUUUGGGAUGGGAUUUGGACCUCUUGAAUGAUUUAUUUGAAGCCAGGGAUGUGCAUCUUAUCCCAGGCAUCCCGCUCGGUCAUCGUUCAAUCCCGGAUACUCUUUGCUGGAGGUGGGAAUCCAAUGGCCGGGUUUUUGUGCGGAGUUGCUAUCAGCAGCUUGUUGGGGAGUUUGGGGAAGGGGCAUGGACGGGCUGGACCUCAAUGUGGAAUUGGCAACUGCCAAAAAUAAAAAACUUCUUCUGGCAGGUGUGCUGUGGUUUCUUGCCAACAAUGGAAAAUUUGCGGGGUAAAAGAGUGGACUGUGCGGUUAGUUGCGGUCUUUGUGGUGCUGCAGAGGAAUCUCCGAUGCAUCUUUUUGUUCGGUUUUCUGAGGCAAUGAAAGCAUGGAGUGCAGUGGGCUGGAGGUGGUCAAGAGCAUUGGCUGGCAGUUUUCUGGAGCAGGUGGAAGCGGAGUUUCGGGCUAAAAAUAAAGAGGAUUUGUGUAAGUUGAUUUGGGGUUGCUGGGGCUUUUGGUGUGAGCACAACAACCGGGUUUGGAAUGGGGGUCGGGUGGAAGCCAGGGCUAUUUUGCAGAAAGCAGCAGCUUUCGUUGCUGGAUGGGAGAAGGUGCAGCAGUCUGGGGGAGCUCCAACAGCUUCUGUGUGGGGUGGUGCUUCAGUUUGGAGGCGCCCUGUGGUGGGGAGAGUGAAGCUCAAUGUUGAUGCCACUGUGAGAAGCGUCAAGCAACUGCUACGGUCUGGGGUGGAUUCUACGGAACGAGGGGGGAGGGCUUUCUGACCGGGCUUCAAAGUGCUGGCAAGGCAGCUUAUCUCCAUGGGAAGCCGAAUUGAUCGGUGUAAGAGAAGCUCUUACUUGGAGUAAACAUCAAGGAUGUGAUUUUGUGGAUGUCGAGUCCGACGCUUCUCGGGCUAUUUCUGAAGUCCUGGAGGGCUCAAGUGUUUCAGCAGCAAGUUUGGUUCCAGGUGACAUUCGAGAUAUACAUUCUUGGUUUACGGACAUCUCUUUUCAUUAUAUUCGGCGAUUUGCGAACAAAGUGGCACAUGCGUUAGCUAAAGCCGCUUGUUCUAUGUCUGAGUGUCAGUUUUGGUUGUGUUAUCCUCCUAAUUUUAUAACUAAUGUAUUGAAUGCCGAUUUUAUUAAUGAUAAUUGAGUUUGAUUUUGCC